AUGCAGGACAGAUCGGCACGCAUCCGCUAUCAAGACAUCGUGACGGAUUCAUCGCCCUCCAGUGCGGGACGCUUCGGCUACGCGGACGACACUGCCAUUCUAUGCCUUCUUUCGUGGGGCGCCGCUAACGGGAUCUCUUUCGACCCCGACAAGACAGAAGUGAUGCACUUCUCUCGAACGAAGCCCAAGACGGCGCCGCCGGUGCUCCACGGCGACUCUCUCUCUUUCAAGACACACGUCGAGAAAUGGACGGCCAAGGCGCAAGCUGUUGCCUUUCAUCUUAGGAGACUGACGAACACGAAACAUGGCCUCUGCCGAGUGCUAUGCGACGAGCCGUCUGCGCUUGCGUCAUCCCCGUGCUACUGUACGCGGCGGAGGCCUGCUCUCGACGAAGCUCACCCGCUCGUCCAGCGCACGUCGCGACCAAAAGCUCCCGUCGUGACCGUGAACAAACUUAUCAAGUUGAAGUACCAGAAACAGCCACAGCCCUUCCGUACCAGACUGCGGCGAGCCGACGAAAUGCUAUCGAGCUGCCCGAGACCUGCUUUACUGCAGCGCGGAUUUGCCGAAGAGCAGACUGCGCCUCUGCAGAGUGCAUCGAAACACGAGACGGCGAAAAAAUUUCGCGACUGGCUUCAGGCACUAUCGCCCCGAACUCUUGUCGUCUACUCCGACGGGUCUCGUUCUGAGGAAGGCCACAUCGGAUACGGCUAUGCUGUUCACCGGGACGGAUCCACCGUCUUGAGCGGCAAGGGCCGUCUUGGAACAGCUGAGGUUUUCGACGCUGAGGCGAAAGGUGCAUUGGAGGGGUUGAAGGCAGCGGUGAGCCUUCCAGAAACUGACCGCAUCUUUGUCUGCCUCGACAACCUCGCGACCGCAACAUGCUUACGGGGCACGCCGAACGACUCCUCGCAAGAGGUCUUCCUUGAGUUCCAAUCUUUGGCGGGAGCAUCACUGCCAGAACCCGCUGAUGGCGAACCGACGCUAGCGCAUCUGCGAAAAAUUGCCCGACUGCAGCGGAAAGAGGCUUUCAGUGCCUGGUGGGAAACCUCUGCGCCGGAGCGAUACAGAGACCUGAGGCUUAAAGCCACAACCAGCUGUUUGGUCACGACGAUGCGCGACUGA